CGGCGGCAGUGGCAAUAGUUCAACAUCCCAAACGAUGUCGUUGAAGUGCCAAGCUCGUGAGAAGCCCCAGGCGGUGCCGUUCCCUUCGAUCCACCACAACAGUCCGUGCACUAGAGCUCUUCAACUACCGAACAACAAUUCUGUAGCAUCUCCGUUGGAUUCGGUGGUGGUGGUGAAGAGCGAGGCGGCGGAUGCGGUGGCAAAAUCGGUGGGCAGUGGAGGAGAGGCGGUGAAGUCAAAGGAGUUGAAAGGUGUAAAAGAAGACUUGGAGGCUUUGGAGGCGAAGAUUGAAGCUGAAUAUGAAGCUACUAGAUCGCGAGGUGCCAAAUCACUGUGGUUGGUUUUCAUGGAACAAAAUUCAUCUAUUGGAAGAAAAAUCUUUGCCUUCUUUCUUUAA